UAUGCGUAGCAAGCCGUUGCAAGUUGGUAAUCAACGAAUAUACGAGAACAUAAAAGUUGCUUCUUAAAAUGGAUCUGUUUAAAACAGCGUUAUUGUUUGGAUUACUGACAUAUCUUUUUUACUAUUUUAAGGUUUCAAAGGAAUUUCGUCACGUGGCAAAAACAAUAAACAGCACGUACGACUAUAUCAUCGUAGGAGCUGGUAGCGCAGGAGCAGUGCUCGCUUCGAGACUCUCUGAAGACCCGGAAGUUACAGUUUUGUUACUCGAGGCGGGUGGUGAUGGGACAGAAAAUGCCGAAUUGUACGACAUCCCGCUAAUGACACCAAAGCUUAGCGAGUCAGCUUCUGACUGGCAAUAUGAAGGUGUACCCUCCCACAAAUCGGGUGUAUUAAUAAACAUGAACAAAGAUAAACACUAUUAUAUAUCGGGAAAAGUUCUGGGCGGAAGCAGUAUGUUCAAUUUUAUGCAGUACGUCAGAGGAAACCGUUAUGAUUACGAAGAAUGGGCAGCAAAUGGCUGUAGUGGAUGGAGUUAUGAUGACGUAUUGCCUUAUUUUCUCAAGUCUGAAGAUUAUCUAAGUAAAGAAAAAGAUUCCACAAAAUAUCAUCAUAAAGGGGGACCGCUUGGUGUGACCGAAGAAAUGGUUUUCCCGGAAUUAUUAAAAAGGUUUAUCGAAGCAGGUAAAGAGUUAGGACAUAAGGAGGUAGAUUAUAACGCUAAAGAGCAGGUAGGCUUUGGAGUAAGUCAGGUUAACACAAGAAACGGUGUCAGAGCGAGUACACUAAGUGAGUUUCUUCGUCCUGCAAUGCAUCGUAACAAUUUAAAUGUUGCCGCGAAUGCACACGUCACAAAAGUAAAUAUUGUUAAUAAAAAAGCCACUGGAGUGACUUUCAUAAGGAAUGGAGUGAAGAAAGUUGCGAAUGCACGAAAAGAAGUUAUUUUAUCUGCUGGAUCUUUUGGCUCACCGCAAAUUCUUAUGUUGUCGGGAAUAGGACCUAAGCAGCAUUUAGAAAGUUUGAAAAUUCCUGUUAAGAUGGAUCUACCGGUUGGUGAAAACUUACAAAAUCACCUCAUGAUUAUGUUUCCGUCGGAUAUAAAUAUUACAUCGGAAGGCAUUACAAAAUCAAGACUCCAAGACCCUCGUACAUAUCUGCAAUAUCUUUUCUUUAGUUCUGGAGUCUUAUCAUCCACUUCGGCGAUUGGGGAAGCUUUCGUAAGAUCAGGCCUAAUACGGGAAAAAUAUCCUGACAUACAGUUUAAUUUUUUAGUGUUACAACCAAAUUUGGAAGAUGGAGUGUUUUACUCGACAUUUCUAAAGAAUGUAUAUCGCAACAAGUCUGUGCCCGGAUUAACCUUACUUGUUACUAAUCUUCAUCCUAAAAGUCGAGGAAAAGUUACACUGAGAAGUACUGAUCCUUUCGACUAUCCAUUCAUUGAUCCCAAUUAUUUUGACCAAAGUGAAGACAUUGAAACACUAAAAAGAGGGAUAAAGCUUGCAGAAGCGUUAUUUGAAACCAAAGCUAUGAAACAGAUAGGAACUGAUUCUAACAUAUUUAAAAACGCCGAAUUCUGCGCAAAUCAUGUAUACAGGUCAGAGCAAUUUUAUGAAUGUUUGGUAAAACAUCUGUCACAAGUACAUUCUCAUCAGUCAUCCACCUGUAAAAUGGGUUCUGCGCAAGACAAUAAUACUGUUGUCGAUCCCACACUCAAAGUUAAAGGUAUUACAGGACUAAGAGUUGUGGACGCCUCAGUGAUGCCAAAUGCAAUUUCUGGUAACGCAAAUGCCCCCGUCAUAAUGAUAGCUGAGAAAGCCGCUGACAUGAUUCGAGGUAUAGAUUCUGUGAAAGAGAUCCGGAAACGUCUUGCUAAAAUGUAAUAUUUGAAGACACCGACGUUUAAACGUUGCAUUUAGCUCUUGCUACUUCACAUAACUGGUCACUUAGUUACAACUGAACAGAAUUCCACUGUAUCUUACUAAUACGCAAUGACUUUGACAUUGUAAAUAGUUUCAGAAAUCUGCAAAUUUACCGGUAGCCCAUUGGGCUACAAAUAUUUUUGUCUGGUAGCCCGAACAUUUUAGUUUAUUCGGCAAUGACAGUUCGGGUUAUUUGCUAAGUGCUUGUAUAUAACAGUCUACAGUUGGGAUGGAAUGCUAAACUUAAUAUAAAGUUUCUUAAUUCCAGCUUCAUGCAUAUGUUGUUGUAGAUUUUGUUCUCUGAAAUAGCAAUUACUAGUAUCAUCUGAAACUAAUUUUUUCUCAUUUUUCUUUUCAUUCUAAAAGAGAAAAUCAUUUAAAUUGGGAAUUCUUCUCCCUCUAAUUAUUGUAAUAUGACAAUUAUAAAAAGAAAGUCAGUAAACUUGCAAAUUCCUUAUUGAACGCGUCGAUUUUUUGCUAAAUUAUUGUCGAUUUUUGCAUUCUGUACAAGUUUUUAAAUUAAAAAGCAUAAAGUCGAUGUAAGCACUUAACUCUUUCAUAAUCAAAUAUCACUGAUUCCUACUCGAUAAAUAUUGAGGUCGGCAAAACCGAAAAAACACUGGCAGGUGGCGGUAAAUGACGUAAUUCUAAGACUGGUUUGCAUAUUGUUUUAAACACUACAGAUCAGCAACUUGGAAGCUUUUGGGUCAGUCUAAAAUCUCGCGCAAAACAUUUGCAUCCGGGUUAAAACGGUUAAUUGUUUGCCGGAUGUGACAAUAGGUCGUAAGAUAAUUAAUGCCUCCGGCGUGUACUACUCGAUAAACAAGGUCAUUCUGAGAAAUUGUCAAAGUUAUGCAUGAAGACUACAUUAUUGAUUUCCGGGCUACUCGAUAUGGGGUUUUAAGGUAGCCCGGAGGACACGCUCUGAAAACAUUAAGUAGCCCGAGAGACCUUUCUAGUAGCCCCCGGUCUCCGGACAUGGGAUUUCUGAAACCCUGCCGCCGCAUAUAUAUUUAAUGUAGUAGACUUGUUUUGAAUUGACCUUUUUUUCACUAUUAUAUGUUAGACAUGGACAUAAUAUAUCAUUAAAGCCGCUUAAGACUAUAAAGUUAGUAGUCUUUGAAAACGCAUAAUGUAUGCUUUAUAACAAAACCAAUUUGAUUCAAGUGUGACAUCAGCGGACAAAGUUCACAAAUUCUAGAUGGCGUUUAAUAUGGCUGCUGUAAUGUAAUGUAGUGUUUGGGUCGUUAACUGAUAUUGAGGGGACAUAUGAGAUGUUUAAUCAAUUUUAUUAGCUUCUGUUGUAAUAUAUCGAUCAAAUAUAAAUUCGUCCGGUAUUUUGGUAGUUACUAGUAUUGGUAAUAAGUCCUUGCCCCAAUGAAUACAUAUUUGAGCCGCACCAUGAGAAAACCAACAUAGUGCAAUUGCGACCAGCAUGGAUCCAGACCAGCUUGCGAAUCCGCGCAGUCUGGUCAGAAACCAUAUUGUUCGUUAACGGUUUCUAUAAUUGCAGUAGGCUUUGAAAGCAAACAGCAUGGAUUCUGACCAGACUGCGAGGAUGCGCAGGCUGGUCUGAGUCCAUGCUGGUCGCAAAUGCACUAUAUUGGUUUUCUCAUGGAGCGGCUCAUUUUAAUAUCAAUUUACGCUCUUCUCAAUUAUCAGAUAUGAUAGAGGAAAAUCUUUUCUUUAAGGGUAUCAAAUAUAUCUUCUUCACGUGACUGAAAUACUUGAACUAUUUUACUUCAAAACUAUCAGCUCAUUUGUAACCCAAAGAACCUGAAAUGUAUUUCAACUUAAAAGUAAUAUGUUAAAAUCCCUUGCAGCUCCUGAGCAAUUAAAUCAUCAUUUAGCAUAAUCUUGCAUGAUAUCUGGACAGGUAUUUCACUUAGGAAGUUGAAACAUCAUAGCUAUGUUGGUCUUGAUGUGUAUAUGAUUCUUGUUGAUUGCAGGGUCACUGGGUCAACGUUCAAGGUCACAGGGAACUGAACAUGUUAACCUUUUUGUUCACUCAAUAUCUGGACAAGUAUUUCACCUAGGACAUUGAAACGUCACUGGUAUCUUAGUCUUGAUUUGUAUGUGACCACUAUAGAUUUCAUAUUCACUGAGUCAAAGGUCAAGAUCACAGGAACCUGCACAUUGAAAAUGGUUUCCGCUCAACACUGGACAAGUAUUUCACUUAGGACCUUGAAACUUCAUAAGUAUGAUCGAUGGCCUUGAUGUGUAUAUGACCCCAAUUGAUUUCAGGGUCAUUGGGUCAAAGGUCAAGGUCACAUAGACCUGAACAUAUUAACCUUUUUGUUCACUCAUUACCUGGACAAGUAUUUAACCUAGGACCUUGAAACUUCAUAGGUGUGUUGGUCUUGAUGUGUACCUUACUCCCACUGAUUGCAGGGUCAAAGGUUAAAGUCACAGGGAUAUAAACAUUUACUGUUUUACUUUUAUUUUUUACACCAACUUAUUUGUUUGAUUUCAUUUUCUACCUGGCCAUUUCAUUAUUUCAUUUUCCCUUCAAUAUUGCUUAUCAAUUUGGAGUUGUUUAUUGUAUGCCAUUAUUAGAACUUUAACUCAUUACCACCUAAUUCGGAAAAGCUGACCAAAACGCCGUCAGGCGUUAGCUGCUUGUUUUUUGUAUUAUAUACAAAUUUUGCAAAAGUCAUUGCCUCUUUCAAAUGUAUUCAGACAAACUAAUGUAUUUAACAAUACUAUGGUCUUUAAAUAAUAAACGGUGCAUAAAAGACAAAUGCAUUGUUCUCAUUAAAUACACACAAAAUUUUACGAAGUUUGUAAGCAGCGUCCUCUUAAAAGCAGGUUACUCAGAAUUUCUCACACAAGUUUUGUGACAGACUAACUGAUAAGGACGUUGGUUUAUCAGUAUCUGUAUUUUAUAACCUGACCACUGGCAAAAUAUUUUUUCUUAAUACAUAGUCUUAGAAUGGAUUAGGUGAAUUAGAAAAGACACGAGUAAAAUGUUAUUAAGAAUAAAAAAUAUUACUAUAAAGAAAAUUUUUAAUUUUAAAGAAUAAAAAUAACAAACUUUGUUUUAUAUUAACUUUUUAGCUUUUUAACACAGCCCUACAAAGGGAAACAACUUAGUCAUAAAGUAUGUAUCAUUAAAAAAAGCUUUUAUCUCUCUUCAGUUAUCUCGUUCUGCCUAUAAGUAGGAAUUGCUGGCAAUAGAAUAUUCACGACUGUUGUUGUUGUUAUUCACUGACUUUGUCACUAUGUAUUAUGUGCAGUCAUCUGUUUGUAAUUCAACAUAUCAUGCUAUUGAUUUACUGAAAGAUUCAUGCUAUAUUAUGUGAACAUGUAAAUGGAGUUUCUCUGGAAAUAAAAUAUAAAUUACAAAAAAAAAA